GCCCACAGGGAAGUUACUGAGGGAGAGCGAAGUUAACAGCGCUUCCCUCGUACCGGCUCCUCGUCUCCUGGAUCGGGCUACAGAGCCCCGACAUCUUUAGCGCCAUGGAGCUCCGUUAUGCGCUGCUCUUCCUCUCCCUUCUAGCUCCCUCGUGCGCCGCGCACAUUCUGGAGCCCUACGACUUCCUCUUCGACACGGCAGUGGAAGCCUACUAUAAGGGGGAAUGGCUGACUGUGAUCCUGAACAUGGAGAAGGCGCUCCGGAACAAAGCCACGGUCCGCAGCGUGAAGGCUCAGUGUCGCCUGAGCUGCGCCAACCAGACCGCUUUCGGCGACCGCCCGUCCGGCAUGGAUGCUCCUCUACCGGGCGCCGGCUCCGUAGAGGACCUGGGCUUCUUCCAGAAAAUACUCAAACGGGCGGACUGCGUGAACUCCUGCGAGACGGACAAGCUGGGCACCCGGACUCUGCAUGAGGUCACUGAAGAUGUGGCGCUGGAGUUUAAGAAGAGGACCCCUUACAAUUACCUGCAAGUCGCGUAUUUUAAGAUCAAUAUGCUGGACAAGGCAGUGGCAGCUGCCCACACGUUCUUCCUGGCAAACCCAGAUCACAUGGAGAUGAAACAGAACCUGGACUACUACCGGAUGAUGGCAGGAGUACAGCCGGAGGACUUCAAAGAUUUGGAGGCCAAGCCGCAUAUGGCCGAGUUCCUGCAGGGGAAGAGCUACUACAGCGAUGACUCCUUCGGCCUGGCGGCAAAUCACUUCGAGGUGGCCGUAGAUGAGUACUUCACUGCCGACAAGGAGUGCAAAGCGAUGUGUGAGGGAGCCUACAACUACGACGGGUACAACUACAUGGAGUAUAGUGCCGACCUCUUCCAGACCAUGACAGACCACUACAUGCAGGUGCUGAACUGUAAGCAGCACUGCGCGGUGGAGUUGGCCUCAACUGCCGGCAAAGACAAGCCCUUUGAGGACUUCCUCCCCUCGCAUUUCAACUACCUGCAGUUCUCCUACUACAACAGUGAGAAGUACGAGCAGGCCAUAGAGUGCACCAAGACCUUCCUGUUGUUCCACCCCGGCGACGAGGUGAUGAACCAGAACUUGGCCUAUUAUUCUGCCGUGCUGGGCGAAGACAAGGCACGAGAUAUAGCGGCCAGACAGGUGGUGAAACUGCACAUUCAGCAGUCCAUAUUGGAAAAAGAGCUGCUCUACUUUGGAUACGAAGCCUUUGGGAUCACCUUUGUAGAUCCAGACACAUGGACACCUGAAGAUGUCAUGCCUAAGAAGCUGAGAGACAAGCAGAAGGCCGACAGAGAGACCACGGCAAGGAUCACGGAGGAGAUAGGAAACCUCAUGAAGGAGAUUGAGACUCUGGUCGAGGAGAAGAAGAAGGACUCUUCGGAUAUGGCCAUGGUCAUAGCGCCGCAGGAAGGUGGUGCUCUGUUGCACGACGACAUUAAGGUGACCAUGACGGCCAACCAGCUGAACGGCUCUCAGCGGGUGCUGCUGGACGGGGUGAUUAGCGAGGACGAGUGCAGGGAGCUGCACAGCCUCUCCAAUGCGGCUGCUCUGAAAGGCGACGGCUACAGUGGGCGCCCCUCCCCCCACUCCCCCAGUGAGAUGUUCCAGGGAGUCACCGUCCUGAAGGCCGUGAAGCUCGGACAGGAGGGGAUGGUUCCGCUGAAGAGCGCCCGUCUGUUCUUCGACCUCAGCGAGAAGGUGAAGAAGGUGGUGGAGUCGUACUUCCGUCUGGACGCCCCGCUCUACUUCUCCUACUCACACCUGGUCUGUCGCUCCGCCAUCGACGAGAAGCAGAAGGACCGUGAGGACCUGAGUCACCCUGUUCACGUGGACAACUGUCUGCUGGUCUCCGAGCUUAACGAGUGUAUAAAGGAACCUCCUGCAUACACACACAGAGACUUCAGUGCCAUCCUUUAUCUAAACAAUGACUUUGAGGGAGGAGAAUUCAUUUUCACAGAGUUGGACGCUAAAACAGUCACGGCCGAGGUGCGGCCACAGUGUGGCCGUGUGAUCGGGUUCGGAGCAGGACAGGAAAACCCCCACGGCGUUAGAUCUGUCACCAAGGGCCAGAGGUGUGCUGUGGCGCUGUGGUUCACCCUGGAUCCUGCUCACGAGGAAAAGGAGAGAAUCCAAGCUCAGGAUAUGCUGAAGAUGUUUUCUACCCCUGUAAAUGCGGAGUUCAUCCAAAAGGAGGCGAGCGCCCCCUCCGAGCCCAAACCGACAGCGGUCGAACCUCCUGCACAGGCUGACCCCGGAAAAGCCGACAAGCAAGAUGACAAACCAGCAGAGCAGAAGCUGGAGGCACCAGUGGAUGCGCAGGUGGACGGACCAGCCGACCCGGCAAAGGAUGAAGCGGAGGUGAAGCCGGUCGUCAAAACGAAAGCAGGAGCCAAAGCCAAAGACACUCCGAAAGCCAAGGCCAAGACUGCAGACAAAGUCAAACCUGCCGCUAAAAAAGAUGGGAAACAGACGGUUAAAACGCCAGCCAAGCAGGCGAUCAAAAAGACGGUACAAGUUUCCGCCAAGAAGGACUCCAAAAGAGCCAAAGCCGCUGGCACGUCGGCCUCAGAUUCUGAGAACGACAAGGAGGAGCUGUGAUCGAACAAGCGCCUGUGACGGUGUCUAUUUUCCUACUAUUUUCUACUAGAGUGCCCGAAUCACUUCAACCACCCUUUGUUUCGGGCGUACAAAGCUUUUGCGUCUGUAUAGAUGGUACCCACUUUCAUCUCCGUUUGGACUCUCCGUAUUUUAGUUUUGUUUGUCAUGACACGUUCUGGAACCAAGUGAAGGUUAAAGGUGCAGGAGGGGGUGUGGGGGUGUGGGGUUAAUAUGAGCAGAACCUUUCUGUUGAGAAAAACCCAGAUCAACCGUUUGAAAAAAUAUAAAAUAAAAAUGUUUUCUAC